CCUCCGGCCCCCCUCCGCCGCCUCUGCGCAGCACCGCUCGGCUUCUCCGGCGGCCGAGCCUCGGGGUCGCCGGCUUCCUGCUCUGGGCCGGCGGUCUGCGCGGUGGCCUCCCCGGCCUGUCUAAUCUUUGGCUGAAAGUGGACUUCAGGAGUGGCUUCAUAGCCUCUGGGUUUCCUCUAAUCUCUGUCAGACCGAUGUAAAGGCCCAGGUUCAAAGGUGGAGGAAGGAUUGGACAUAUUGCUGGGUGAAGUGUGUGAUCCAUUUAACCAAAGGGGGGAGAUGUCGGCUGAUUUAUAGGAAUUGUUUGAAACCAGAGUCAUGGUGGAUGUAGGAAAGUGGCCAAUCUUCACUCUGCUCUCACCUCAAGAAAUUGCGUCAAUUCGGAAAGCGUGCGUCUUUGGCACCUCAGGCAAUGAAGCUCUGUAUGUUACUGACAACGAUGAGGUGUUUGUAUUUGGAAUGAACUACAGUAACUGUUUGGGAACUGGAGAUAAUCAGAGUACACUUGUACCCAAAAAACUAGAAGCCUUAUGUGGAAAGAAGAUUAAAAGCCUUAGUUACGGGAGCGCACCACAUGUUCUCCUCAGCACUGAAGAUGGAGUUGUUUACGCCUGGGGCCACAAUGGAUAUAGCCAGCUUGGGAAUGGGACAACCAACCAAGGUGUUGCUCCCAUCCAAGUCUGUACCAAUCUCCUGAUCAAGCAAGUGGUUGAAGUAGCUUGUGGCUCGCAUCAUUCCAUGGCUCUGGCAGCAGAUGGAGAGGUAUUUGCUUGGGGUUAUAAUAACUGUGGCCAGGUUGGAUCAGGAUCCACAGCAAAUCAACCAACUCCUCGAAAAGUGACGAACUGUUUACACAUUAAGAAGGUGGUUGGUAUUGCCUGUGGCCAGACCUCAUCCAUGGCUGUCCUGGACAAUGGUGAGGUAUAUGGCUGGGGUUACAAUGGCAAUGGUCAGCUGGGCCUGGGAAACAAUGGCAAUCAGCUGACCCCUGUGAGAGUGGCAGCUUUACACAGCGUGUGCGUGAAUCAGAUUGUCUGCGGCUACGCACACACUCUAGCACUAACAGAUGAGGGCUUGCUGUAUGCCUGGGGAGCUAACACGUAUGGGCAGCUGGGAACUGGCAAUAAAAAUAACCUGCUAAGCCCAGCACACGUCCUGGUGGAAAAAGAAAGGGUAGUAGAGAUUGCAGCCUGUCACUCUGCCCACACCUCUGCUGCCAAGACUCAGAGUGGGAACGUGUACAUGUGGGGCCAGUGUCGUGGCCAGUCGGUCACUCUGCCUCACCUCACCCAUUUCUCCUGCACAGACGAUGUCUUUGCCUGCUUUGCCACUCCUGCUGUCACAUGGCGCCUUCUGUCUGUAGAGCAUGAAGACUUCUUAACCGUUGCAGAGUCACUAAAGCAAGAAUUUGAUAGUCCAGAAACUGCUGAUCUGAAAUUUCGAAUUGAUGGAAAAUAUAUUCAUGUCCAUAAAGCUGUUUUAAAAAUCAGGUGUGAGCACUUUCGGUCUAUGUUCCACUCUUACUGGAAUGAGGACUCAGAGGAGGUGAUAGAAAUAGACCAGUUUUCUUACCCCGUGUACCGGGCCUUUCUGCAGUACCUGUACACAGAUGCCGUCGACCUGCCGCCUGAAGACGCCAUAGGUCUUUUGGAUUUGGCAACAUCUUACUGUGAAAACAGGCUGAAAAAGCUUUGUCAGCACAUUAUCAAGCGAGGAAUCACCGUGGAGAAUGCCUUUUCGUUAUUCUCCGCCGCAGUCAGAUACGAUGCAGAGGAAAUUUUUGUUUGCCAUGCAUUAUUUGACCAUUGAGAGAAACAGUUGGGAAAAAUUAUUUGUUUAAUCAGAGUAAAGAACUUUUCAGAAAAUUCUGCCUGGACAGAGUUAUGUGUGGUUUGCUGUCUCUUGUCAUCUGGCAUAUAUCUCAAGGGUAGCUUGUGACACAACCUUCAGGCAACCGUCCCUCUUCCUGUCCAAGUGGUCUUACACAGUAAGUUUUAGCAUUCAAUUAUCUCAGCCUUGGUACUUAGAACUUAGUUAAAACCUGCAUUGAGACCAUCAGCUGUGUGUGUGUUUUUUACUAAAGAACAUCUGUGGAAAGGGCAAACAACUUAUUUUCAGAGUAUGUGUUGUGAUUAGAGUAACUUAAGCAUGUAAAGAUUUGAAAUGAAUUUAUAAAUUAUUUCAGAAUUAGCAAAUUUUUACUUUGAUCUUCCUUGCUACUUGUAACAAAUGAUAUCUGUUUUUUGCCUCAGACCUAUUUUAUAAUUUUCACUCAGGAUGCCAUAAACCCGAAAUUUAGUUUCUAAAAUACAAAGAACACGUUAGACUCUCCAUUCCAUACCUUCUUCCACCUCCAAUUCCACAGACCUUGAAAAGAUUUUUUCAUUCUAUGAUGAGUCUCUCAGCUCCUGGUCAGGUGAUCCUUCUUGUCCUUCUUGGGAAUGUUUUAUUUAAAGCCCAGCAACCUUGUUAUGGUUGACUCAUUAGUUGGGUAAGAGUUGCAUUUUUUCCCCUAGGUAAUUGACAAUCUGAACAUUUGCAGAAUGAGUUGAACAAAUCAUGUAGGCUGUUACAGUAUAAACAAUUACCUGGCCAGAAGGGUGUUUAUGUAGCUCACACAUGAACGGCAGACUGGCUGGGGCUGGCUUCCUGAAUGAACCUGCACUCCUGCCUCUGUGCCCUCCUCUGCUUCCUGUGCCUGAGCCUACAGAGUCCAAACGCAUCCUGUUUCCUUUUACGUAGACCUGCCUUCACCAAGCUUCAGCUACUUAGAAAAAUCCAGAUCUGGACAGUUUGCAGUAUUCUCUAGUCAGACUUUUCAUGUGUGAAACUGUUAGGCAUGUUGAAUACUGAGCUAUCUUACCCAUUGGAGGGGAAGGAAAGGUCAUUUAGAGGUGAUUUGUAAUUAGAAGCACUGUAUUUAUACCUGUAGUGUAUAUCUGUAGUGUGUGCCUGUAGUGUAUACCUGUGGUGUAUACCUGUAGUGUGUACCUGUAGUGUGUACCUGUAGCGUGUACCUGUAGUGUAUACCUGUAGUAUGUACAAAAUCUCUUUGACGUUUACUUACGGUAAUCUCUGCACAGUUAGUAAGCUGAAUAAAUUACUUUUUCAUUUUUAUUACAAAGAUCUUGAAUUCCAAAUGAAUAGGCAUGGAAAUAAGAUUUUAUGAUGCCAAAAUUUAGUCCACUGUUCCUUUCCUGUGAAUUUGAAGUUAUGUAAUUAAAACUUUUAAAUUAUAAAGGCCCUUAUCUGAUAGUACAUGGUUUGAAGAACUUCCUUAUGCUUAUGACUGGCUAAGGAGGAUCUUGUAAUUCUUCCAAGGUUGGGCCUAGAUAAACUAGUUUUUGGUUUUUGAUAACUAUAAGAUUAAAAUAUAGCUUUUACCUCUCUGUGGAAUAUAAUGAUUCCUGAGAGCAGGUAGUACCAGGGGUAGUGCUUUUUCUUUAAUAAUCUGAGAGGGAAUGUUUUUUAUAGUUUUUAACGUUUUAACUUGUUAUAAUACACUGAGUGUUUAGCGGGACACUUAGCCCACGGAGACUCCCUUGUUAAAAACAUGAGUCUAGAGAUUGUGCGAACAUUUAAAAUGUAUUUUGAAUUACCUAGAAAAGUAAAUCUGUGGCAGCAGCAGGAGAUAGAUGUCCUUUGUCUCUUGUGGUUACACUACGGGGUGGGUUUCCUGAAUUAACGAUGCACAUGGACCCUUUGAAUAAGGAACUGUUUGCUUGCAGGGGCCUGUGCUGAGGAAGCAGGGGAGGCCGUCUGGAUGUUUUUGCACCCCCCUCCCCACGCCGUUUAACAUUCCCAGCUCAGGGAAGCAGGAAACUUGAAGCCACGACCCUGCAGUUUGAAUGCUGUUGAGUUCCUGGCUCAAGAGAGCCCUGAGUACUGACCUAGGACUCACUAGCCGGCCAAGUUACAGAAAUCAGACUACUUGUGAUAAGAACUUUUAUUAGUAUUUGCUUUUAUUUAGUCUUUGUAUGCAUUCGAGGAACCUAACUGAUUUAAUACACGUUCCAGCGUCGGCAGGAACAAACAAUGCUUAUAGGGAGAGUUUUGCUGGAGAUGUAACGAGGUGUUAGCACAGGCAGAAAUAGAUGUUUAAACUGCUUUAGUUUACCUCUUGUAAAUGUUACUUUCCUUAUGAAUGUUGGUACUCUGACAAAAAAAACCCAAUCUGUGUGAAGAUACUUCUGUGGAGCUGACCAUCUGAAUAAUUGGUGGAGCGGAAGUUGUAGUUUAUUAUUGUUUGUGGCCUUAAAAUGAAGGCAUUUUUAUUUAGGGGAGAGUGUGGAAGUGAGCUUAAGGUCCUUGGAAUUUUUUUUUAUGUGUCCCUGUAGGUUAACCACAUUUCUUCAUCACCCUUCUGUUUCUUACAGCCUUCUCUUCCUUAAAAAACCCUUAUAUUAAUUUUUUUCUCUAAUUUGUUGAAAGUGGCAAGCCUUUCAGCUUCUUAGACUGAAGACUUUGAGUGUAACUGUUGUUAGUUCCCUUUGAGUCAGCGCGGACUCAGAGCGGCCCCAUGUACAACAGAACGAAAUGUUGCCUGGUCCCCCACCGUCUUCGUGGUCCCCCACCGUCUUCGUGGUCCCCCACCGUCUUCGUGGUCCCCCACCGUCUUCGUGGUCCCCCACCGUCUUCGUGGUCCCCCACCUUCUUCGUGGUCCCCCACCGUCUUCGUGGUCCCCCACCGUCUUCGUGGUCCCCCACCGUCUUCGUGGUCCCCCACCGUCUUCGUGGUCAGUGCUUGAGCCUAUUGUUGCAGCUGCUGUGUAUUUUGAGUGCCUUCUAAUUUAGGGUGUUCGUCUUGCAGCACUGUAUUGGACAGUAUUCUGUUGUGAUCCAUAAUGUUUUCAUUGGCUAGUUGUCAGCUGUAGAUAUCAAGGCC